AUGUCCUUCAUCUCAGUCCUCGUCCAAUGCCGCCAUCAGAAAGAGAUCAAGCACGUCCACGCCUACGCCAUCACCAUGUCCAUGAUCAGAAAUCUCAGCGUUGCAAAUAAGCUCUUGUACAUCUACGCCAAGCACAAGGAUUUGCAUGACCCGUCCGUGCUCUUCUUUUGGAUGGAUCAGUGUGCCAAUGAAUUCGUUCAGUCUGGGGCUCGUGUUGAUAACUUCACAAUUCCUUUCGUGCUUAGGGUUUGUCGUGAUAUGGAGUCUCUGCGAAUGGGGUUGGAAAUUCAUCAUCUUAUUUACAAGUUUGGAUUGAAGUCGGAUGUGUUUGUCGCCGCUGCAUUAGUUGAUAUAUAUGUGAAAUGUGGGUUUUUGGAGGAUGCACGGGUCUACAGUGGCAUUGUCCCUGAUAAGGUGAUGAUGCUUGGUGCUAUGUAUACGGCUAAGAUUGUCCAUGAGUAUAUUGAGAGGAGGAACUUCUCAUUGAAUGUUAUCUUAAGGACUGCGAUGAUUGAUAUGGAUAAAGAUCAAGAUCAUGUUGUUGGUGAUUAUAAUGAAGAUCAAGAACAAGUUUGGAAUAUUGGUGACCAUUUGUUAAUUUAG